CAGUAGUUUUGAUGGAAUUGUCAAGAGUUUCAAAGACGUUUCAACAAUUCUCAUAGUUAGUUUCGAUAGAAGCAUGAUUCGAUUAGCGGUGCUCGCAUGCGUGCUGGGCGUUGCGCUCGGCUGCAAUGUUUACGUGGCGAACAACAACAACAACAACGCGGAAUGGCACAGGAACUCCGUGAUCUAUCAAAUCUAUCCUAGGAGUUUCAAAGACAGCAAUGGCGACGGCAUCGGUGACCUAAACGGCAUCACCAGCAGGGUAGGCCUUCUCGCAGAGCUGGGAGUCACAGCCCUCUGGCUCUCCCCCAUCUACAAGAGCCCACAGGUCGAUUUCGGCUACGAUAUUUCCAACUUCACGGACAUCGACCCAGAUUAUGGCACCCUGGCGGACUUCGACAAGUUGGUGUCCAGAGCCAAGGCCCUAGGACUCAAGGUAAUCCUGGACUUCGUACCCAAUCACAGCUCCCACGAGCACCCCUGGUUCAAGAAGAGCGUCCUACGGAUCAAACCCUACGACGAGUACUACAUUUGGAUGAAACCCAAGAUGGUGAACGGGGUGAGACACCCGCCGAACAACUGGCUGAGCAACUUCCAAGGCUCCGCCUGGGAGUGGAACGACGUCAGGAAGCAAUACUACCUGCACCAGUUCGCGACGGGUCAGCCAGACUUGAACUACCGCAGCCCAGCCUUGAAGCAGGAGAUGCAGAACGUGUUGACCUUCUGGAUGAAACGCGGAGUGGACGGUUUCCGUAUCGACGCGGUCAAUUUCAUGAUCGAGAACUCCAAGUUUCUAGACGAGCCCAAAUCGAACGUGUCCGGUGUACCCGCGGACGACUACGACAGCUUGAACCAUAUCUACACGAGGGACCAGAACGAAACCUACGAUAUCCUGAAGAGCUGGCGGAAGCUAAUGGAUGAUUUCUCCAACAGGACCAAGUCUGGAGCCAGGUUGAUCCUCACGGAAGCCUACACGACGCACGAGCUAACGGUCAAGUAUUACGACGCUGGUUCCAACGUUCCUUUCAACUUCAUGUUCCUCAAUCACGAGAUAACCAAUACAUCCACCGCAGCUAACUAUAAGAAAUUGAUCGACAAGUGGGUGAGCAGCGCCCAGGCGGCGAAAAACGUGCCUAACUGGGUGGUAGGUAAUCACGACAACAGCAGAGUCGCCACGAGAUUCGGGGUUAAGCGAGCUGACCAGAUCACGAUGCUGUCGAUGAUACUACCUGGAGUGGCCGUCGUGUACAACGGUGACGAAAUCGGCAUGGUUGACAGACACUUCACCUAUAAGGAGACUGUGGACCCGGCUGGAUGCAACGCUGGACCGAACAGGUACUACUUGAAGUCCAGAGACCCGGAGAGGACACCUUACCAAUGGGACGACACCAUCAGCGCAGGAUUCUCUGAUAGAUCGCACACCUGGUUGCCUGUCAACAACAACUACAAGACGUUGAAUCUGCAAGCUCAGAGAAAGGCGACUCAAUCCCAUUAUACAGUGUUCCAGGCUCUGGUUGAGCUGAAGCAGACGCCCGUCCUAGCUAACGGCACCGUCCAGGUGAGCUUGGUCACCGACAAGGUUCUCGGUGUCGUUCGCAGACAAGGAUCGGACGUUGUCGUGCUUCUGAUCAAUUUGGCAGACAGUCCAUCCAUCGUAGACGCGAAGGCCAAGUUGAAUCUCCCGGCAGAAUUGAUACUUCACAUCGCCAGCAUUGGAUCCAAUCUCCCAGUCGGGACGCGCGUUAACACGACCAAGUUGAAUCUACCUGGAGCUGCGUCGGUCGUGUACGCCACUCCGGACGUGGUGAAGGAAAAACGCUGGUGCUUCAAAGUAAAAAUUUGCCUUAGAUAAUUUAGAAGAAUCAUUUAAGAGUAUUCCAAGAAUAGAUGAUUUAUAGCUGAUAU